UCAAACUACGUCAGAACUGUAAAUAAAGAGAAAUGUAUUGCUCACUUACUGUCAAUGUUUACGUUUUCUGAGCAAUGUAAUUCUGUGAUAUUUGAUACACUUUUAUAUUCAAAUGUAAGAAAAUGCCUUGGACAUUUCCAUGGACAGAAUUUUUGAAGAAAAGAGCAUGUCGAUACCUUUUACAACAUUAUUUGGGACAGUUUUUGAAAGAGAAACUGUCUCUAGAUCAACUGAGUGUUGAUCUGUACAAUGGAAGAGGCUCGAUCAAAGAUUUGGAGCUGGAUGUGGAGGCUUUGAAUGAAGCCUUGGAUUCCAGCAGUGUACCACUAGAGAUCGUGGAUGGCUUCAUUAACCAAAUCUCCGUGUCUGUUCCCUGGACCAAUCUGAUCCAGAGCAGCACAGAGAUGGAGAUCCAGGGACUAGAGAUCACAGUACAGCCCAAACAGCGCAUGGAAAAUGUGGGAGGCCUGGAGACCAUGUUCAACAGCAUGUGCAGCAUGACCAGCAGUCUACAGAUAGCAGAGGACUGCCUCAAGUCCACAUCAGACGCAGACCAGGGCCAGGACCUGGGCACACCUUUUGAGGGUGUGCAGAAGUUUGCCCAGACCAUUGAUUCUGUGCUGUGCAGGGUUAAGGUCACCUUGAUUGACACAGUUGUGAGGGUGGAGCACCUCCCUGACUCAGCAGAGAAGGGCGUGGCACUUGAAAUCAAAAUCAAACGAAUAGAGUACUUUGACGACAUGGCGAAGGAGGAGGGCAGUCCCGUGGAUGAUUCCUCCAGAACCACGUGGGAGCCAGCAGCCAUCGCCCACAAGAACCUGCUGAUAGACGGCAUGCAGAUUCUGUGUGACGAGUUCAGUCGCCCCACUCAUCAGACCCCCUCCAGAAUGUUCUCGUCUGACUCGUACCAACAGACGUUCAUGUCCACUACAAGUUCCCCACCCUCUCCACUGGACAAUCAAGGUGGGACAGUCCCGGUAUCCGAGGUCUUCUCUGACCCGGUACAGAUUGCUGGAUUCACAGGAAAGUCCAGUCUGAAAGUCAAACUCAAACAGGAGGAAGGCGUGCAGGGGCCAAAGGUGGAAAUUGAGCUGGAAGUUGGAGGACUCCAUUUGUUGCUGAGUCCCACACAGUUCCACGCUGUCCUUGACCUUGUCAAUGGCUUCCUGUCGCCAAAAUCCAGCAACGAGGGCAGGGAGCGGGCGAGGAGUAAAAGUAAGCCAAUGAGUGAGGAGGAUUACAGGAAGGUGGAGACGGAGUUACAGAGACAGCUCCACUCAGACCGCUUCCACCCCAGCCACAUGGACACACUGACUGCCACGGAUCUCCAAGACAUCAUGACACAUUCCAUUGGGGAUGAGCAGUAUUUUUCACUGGCUCCUGACCCAAUGGAAUCAUCAGUCAACAGUAACUUUAGCUUGGCUUCAGGCAGAUCUGGAAGCACUGUAACCACCACACGAUCAGGGCCAAGAAAAGAUGGGAAAGCUGCAAAAGAUUCUAUUCAGCGUUUCCUGGACGACCCUUCAGCAGAGCUUUGUAGGUAUCACCUAAGGGCAGUCUUCUUCUCUGUUGCUCUUCUCCACGAAAACCCGUCCCAGAAAGUGGACCUAUCUUCCAGUGCCAAAGCCAACAACAAAAAUCAGAUGAAGGACAUUGCAGCCCAAUAUUUCAAGAAGAUGCACUCGUUCAGUGCGGCGAGUGGAGGAGAGGUGAAGGCCUUACGUGCUGCCUUCGCAGAGGCAUUGCCUCAGGACCAUCUCAGGUUGAUAGGUAAACCGGUGAAUAUAGAGAUUGUUGAGAGAACAGCCCCUACCCACCAUUGUUUGACGGUAGACGUAACUGCUGGUUUUCUAGAUGUGGUAGAAUGUCUGUUCAACAGAACUCUUCAGACUAUUGAGCCAGACUACACCGAGAUUCUGGUAUUCCCCCGAGAUGUCUCAACCAAACAGGGGCACAUGUACAGUAGCAUGCACUCAGGUGCACCUGCACUCAAGGCCCAUGUCAAGUCAGUGCAGCAAAACAAGAGAUCACAAAGGUCUUCAGGUGGACCCAGGACAGAGAUUAGCGUCAAUUUGGCCAAACUGGAGUGUGAAUUGGAUGUGACAAUUAUAGACAGGAUAGGAAGCCUGAUAAAGCCCUCUCCUCACCGCCCAUACAAUGGCAGCACUGCAGCCUCACAGGGGGGUCCAUUGUACAGUUUCUCCCAGACGAUGGAGGAUGAGUCUGCUUCAGACGAGACAAAGAUUGAUCUCAGUGUCAACUGUCCUGAGGUCAAACUGACACUCAGAUUUCCAAUCCCUGAUCUGAGGAAUGGGUCAGAGGUCACUAAGCUGCCCUGGUGGCAGAAGAACCUGAGGGACGAGCUGCUGAUCCUGGAUUUACAGGAGGCCCGGUUCCAGACUUCCUUCCUGUCUAACCAGCCAAUCCAGCAAGUCGAGGUCUCCAGCAGAAAUGUGCUAGGGUCUUUCCGUAUUGAUCCAAACCAGAGUGCAGUCCCUUUUGCAUUUGUUAGCUGUGAGGGAAUUGAUGGACAAGAGGGCUUCAACUUCCCACAGAUAAUAAUUAAGUUUACGGAACAGACCAUCUCCGUUCUGGAUGAAGAAAAUCCAGACUCCGAUAACAGUAUUCCUAUGGACUCGUUGAAUGGUGCUUGUGAAUUUGCCAAACAAGACACGUCACCUUUUUCUACAAAGAAACACAUGUAUGGGAAGGGGGAGAUGUCUGACCAAGCUACUCAGCAUGUCAGUGAUGAGAUGGUGAUGCCUGGCAACAGAGAGGACAUGGCCGACUUCCAGGAGAGAGCCUCGGCCAACUGCCUGACCCUGGUCCAGCUAGUCCUACCCCUCAUCAACCUCUACAUUCCAGACCAGAAGUUCUAUGAAGUUCUGUACAAUAGGAUUAGCAAUGAUCUGUUGCUAUGGGAACCAAUGGCACCUGCUCCAAUUCCGACCCAGGAAGUUGGGCCUGGGUCUAUCCAGCCAUUUGAUCUUAGCUGUUAUACUCAUGUCCUGCAGGAAAAUUUUAGUAUGGCAAAGUCAGCAAUACAGUAUGACUCUUCAGAUGAGGAGGAAGAUAGUAGUUUUGGUUACUACAGUAUUCAUGACAACAAGCAUCCACGCAGGACAUUUGACCAGAAGUCAAGGCCAAGUAAGAUGUGUCUGUCACUCAAGAUAGACAAAGGGAAAAUCACAGCAAGGACCGACUCAAAGGCUGAGGAUUGCCAUGGGGAAGUUAUGGGUGUGGUCAAGGAUGCCAAUCUGUUUGUGGCCUCCAGUUACCAAAGAAACCCACUGCUUCAGUAUAUCUGCUUCUAUUGCAAUAAAGCAACUUUAUAUCAUAAUGCUGCAGUUCCAGAUAAAAAGGAAGAAUUUGAGAUAGAGAAUUUGGACUUUGAGACAAUCCCUGCCCACCUGGAGAAGAGUUGUAUUAUAGAUAGAUCUGAGCCUGGGGUUCUGUGUCACCAGUCAGCUGAUGUCGAGUCCACGGUCAGGGACAUGGUGUCAGUGGCGGUCAGAAUCAAGCUCGACUCCACCCCCCUCAGUGACCUAACGCGGGAUGAGAAAAUCAAGGAGUUUACAGUAGCAGUUGGUGUCACUGGAGCAACUCUAAGACACAAGAUGGCCGAAACAGAUAUGAGCUGGAUAUCUCAAAUUUUGAACUUUUUGGAUGUGAAGGACUACGACAUCCUUGGAUAUGUUACUCCAAAAAUCCUGACCGAGCUACACGUACAUCUCUGGGACUGCGCCGUGGAUUACAGACCAUUGCAUCUACCCACCAAAGGAGUAGUAGCAGCCAAUUACUUCAGUAUCUCCAGUAACAUCGUGGCCAACUCCCAGACAUCGCUGCUAAGGUUUGUCUUGGAGGAUGCUGGGAUGUAUUUGUCUCAAAAGAAAGGGAGAGAAUCCACUGUCGACCUCAAAAAAGAUUAUGUAUGUGUGCUUGAUGUGGAAAGUUUUGAAUUGGAAUUGCGUACAAGUGAUGGAAAAGAUCCAAAGUUUCCAAAGAUGGACUUGCGGCUCCGAACCAACAAGAUCAACAUGAGGACGUGUACCGACUCUUGUAAGGCUCUGUUUGAGUUGAUUCGAUACUUUGCUAACGAUGGCGACCUCGUGGAGUAUGAGGAGGAGCCCACCAAUAAACGCCAGAGUCUGGACCUAGAGAUGAUGAAUAAGGAGGAGGCCUCUAGUGAUGAGGACUCAAAGAAGAAAGAGUUGAGCGAGUCCAGAUUGGAAAACCUUUCCUCUCAUCUGGAGGAUGCCAUGCAGGAAUCUGGAUCCGGAUCAGAUAAUGAUGGAAUCGAAAGCUCCAAACAAAGUCCUAACAAAACAGAAGUGUUCUUUGUGGCCCAGGGGGAGAGGACGGAUGCCCAGGUGCCCCCUGCAGGGGUGAUGCGACCUAUUGUGAUAACAGCCAGUGCCGACUCGGUAACCAGUAGUGCUGUGUCAGAGAGAACUGAUAUCUUCAGCGAUGAGGAGGAGGAGGAAGAGGACUUCUGUAUCAUUGACGAUGCAGGGCUGGGCAUCACUCCAAGAGAUGGAAAGCCAGAGGUAAAGAUAUUCACCGAUGAGCCGAUAGAGAUCAAAGACAACUACUUCAGUCAGCCUCAUGGUAAAACGGAUCUUCUGAAAGCCCCCGACCACUUCCCUAACGCCGAGUACAGGUACACCCUAAAGGAGCUGACCAUCGUCUGGCAUAUGUAUGGAGGGAGCGACUUCUCCGAUACACCCGUCCAACAGAAACCGGUGGAAACAGAAGUGGUGAUGUCUAGAAAAAUGAAGGAUUAUGGAGAAUAUGUAACAGAGCCUUCCAUACGAUUUGCCUCCAAAGGGUCGUCAGUGGACCGUAUCCCGUGGACACAGCAUGGAGGGGUGGGGAGGGACCACGACACUCUGAUGGAGCUCCAGCUCACUAAGGUGAGAUUUCAGCACGAGAGGUACCCUGGUCACACAGAGCAGGCCUCUAGACAGGUGCUGAUUAUCAGUGAUGCCGAAAUCAGGGACCGACUGUCUGACUCCAAGAUCAACAAGUUUCUGUACCAGUACUCCUCUGAAAACUUGCCAAAACAGACCAACUCCAACAUGGUGUACAUAAAAGCAUUACACAAGAGACCAGAUCCCAGUGUAAAGACUGAGGAGUGCUCACUGAGAGUUUCUCUACAGCCACUGAGACUCAAUAUUGACCAGGACUCCUUGUUCUUCCUGAAGAAAUUCUUCACAGAAAUAACCGGUGGUAAUGUAGAUAAUCCCUCUGACCCUGACCCCAAACAAAGGGCAAGGUCAGUAUCUGGAGCCAGUGGAGCUCCAGCCCCUGUGAUAACAGUUGGUCAACCAGAGUGCCCCGGGGAGGAAAGAACCCCCCAAGAACUAUUGAUGAAGUUUGAUGAGAUGCAGCAGAGCUUAGCCAGUCAAGGAUCGGUGAUGUCAUCUGCCUCUGUUGCCAGUAGUGACUCAGAUCGCACGGAGCAGUCUCAACCAGUGUUCAUCAAAAACUUCAUGUUUUCUCCUGAUGUGCCAAUCAGACUUGACUACCAUGGAAAGAAAUGGGUCGACAGAGAACAUGGGACCCUGGCGGGUGUGUUGGUGGGACUGGCCAGUCUUAACUGUUCUGAGCUGAAGUUGAAGAGGCUAAAUUAUAAACAUGGGCUUCUAGGGAUGGAUAAGCUUCAGGCUUACUGUAUCAAUGAGUGGAUCACGGACAUCCUGAAGAAACAGCUUCCCAGCAUUCUGGGCGGUGUAGGACCAAUGCACUCAUUUGUACAAAUAGCACAAGGAAUUCGAGAUCUCUUUUGGCUGCCUGUGGAGCAAUACAAGAGAGAUGGCCGAUUUGUUCGGGGGAUGCAGAGAGGGGCGACCUCCUUCUCCACCUCCACUGCCAUGGCGAUGUUAGAACUGACCAACCGAGCCGUCCAAUCUGUUCAGUACGUUGCUGAAGUGACGUAUGACAUGGUGACGCCUGGACCCAGCUGUCGAGUUCAGCGACGCAGACUGAGGGGUCCUCCAGCUGAUGUCAGAGAGGGUGUGGAGAAUGCUUACAUCGCCAUAACAGAGGGCUUCAGUAACACAGCAUAUAACAUUGUGGAGGUGGCAACAAAAGAACACCAGCAGAAAGGAAUGACGGGGGCGGUGGGGGCGGCCAUUAGACUGGUUCCCCCAACAGUUCUCUCCCCUGUCAUCAUAGCCACUGAGGCCACCUCCAAUGUCCUAGGGGGCAUGAGGAAUCAGCUGCAGCCAGAUGCUAGAAAAGAAGAUGAAGAGAAGUGGAAAGGGAACCAGACUUAAGGGACUAGUCAAGACUGUUACUGUUGACUUUGUUAAAUGUAUUAUCCAGCCUUGUGACUAUAUAUCUUCCUCUUCAUGUGCAAUAUGCAAUACCCAGAACAUUGUGAAUGAAAAACCAAAAAAAUUAGGGAGGUAAAGCAGUUACAUAUUGCAGGCAUUAUUGACUUCCAUUUCUGUAAUUGUAUUCCAAUGUAAAAAGUGAUAUUUUAUUAGUUAAUAACAUAGACAAGAUUUUUAAGAAAUAAAAAAGAAAACAUGUAAGAGGUAUCCACUUUCAAUUCUUUAGAAUAUAUAAUAAUAUGAAAUAAGAAUGCCUUCUUCUUUUGGAUUUAUAGUUAAAUUGAUACUUUAUAUUUAUCGCAGUCUCAUUUAUACAUAUGCAGUACUGGUAAUUCAUAUUUUUGUGUGUUGUUAAAUACUGGCUUGCCACCCUAUGAUAUUGUACCUGUGGAUACUAUUGUAUUUUAGUGAUAUUUACUUAUGUUUUGUGAACCUAGUGGUUUGCAUAUUACCUAACAUCAAAAAUCAUACAAACACAAAUGCUAUUUUCAAACUGUGGUAAAUAUCCCUCGCCCAGAAAUGUUCAUGUUAACAGUACAGAAGGGUUGGAGUCUUGUCUACUAGUCGAUGCAUAGUUGUAUAACUACAGGGCUUUCCUUACAAAAGAAAUGCGUUUUAUAUGUAAACAUGUAAUGCAUGGUUGUUGUUGUUGUCAGUCAGCUGACUGAUCAUGUGAUGUUCAUGAAUGAUGAAGUUCUGUUACAGUUGUUUGUUUGCCAGAUUUGUAAAUCAUUGUGCAAUGUUCAUAUCAGUUUUAUUGAUUUGUAUCAUAUGUGAUAAAUUUUAUAAUUCAUUAAAUGACAGAAACUGUC